AUAGCACCGUUGUCAGACAAAAAGCGCGCGAAAAGCAUUUUCAUACAUUUUUAUUGGAUUUUGAGGGAAAAUCAGCAGAAAAUCUACAUAAUCGCCUUCAGUCCAGUACAGAAGUCCCAGGCAAAGCCCCACUGUGCAUUAAUCCAGCGACUUUGUCCUAUCUAAUCGCAUUUUAACUGCAAAAUAUAACCAAUCUCACGCAUACUGUUGCACAAUUUGCCAAGUUUAAAGGUCAAGGAAGUACAGUAAAAAAAAGGCAACAGAGAUUACACAAUGAGAGAUGAUAGUGCUCUGCGCGUAUGCCUUCCAAUAGCCGUGGGGAUCACAGCAGUUAUUGCUGGAAUAGUUUUGUACAAAUUCUGGUACAAGAGCGCGAGCAAGGGCAGUUCCAAGGGUAAGGGAGGGAAGCCAGCGAAGUUAAAGACUCUCCUAGAUCCCAAUGAGAAGUACCUGCUGCCACUGAUUGAGAAGGAGGAGAUCAGUCAUGACACAAGGCGCUUCCGGUUUGGCUUACCAUCGAAACUACACGUCCUGGGCCUUCCCAUUGGCCAGCACAUCAAUCUCUCAGCGACAAUCAAUGAUGAACUGGUCAUUAGGGCCUACACUCCAGUCUCCAGUGAUGAAGAUUGUGGAUUUGUGGACCUUGUAAUUAAGGUGUACAAGAAAAAUACCCAUCCCAAGUUCCCCAAUGGCGGAAAGAUGUCCCAACAUCUCGAUGCCAUGAAAAUCGGCGAUACAAUUGCCUUCCGUGGCCCAUCCGGGAAGCUUCAGUAUUUGGGAAAUGGUGCUUUCAGUAUUAAAAAGAUCCGAAAGGAUCCCCCAGUCAAUGUGCAAGUGACCAAAUUGAAUAUGAUUGCCGGAGGAACAGGUAUUACUCCCAUGCUCCAACUCGUUCGGCAUAUUCUAAAAUCCUCCACUGACAAGACCGAGAUUGCUCUCCUAUUCGCCAAUCAGACUGAGAAUGACAUCCUCCUGCGGGAUGAACUGGAGCAUUUUGCAGCUCAGCAUCCGGAUCAGUUCAAAAUUUGGUACACCCUGGACUCUACACCAACUGAUUGGAAGUACAGCAAGGGCUUUAUUAAUGACGAAAUGAUCAGAGAUCAUCUCCUGCCUCCAUCAGAUUCAACCAUCGUUCUCAUGUGUGGACCUCCUCCCAUGAUUACCUACGCCUGCAUCCCCAACUUGGACAAACUGGGAUUCAAUCCCGAACUUCGCUUCGCCUAUUAAAACUUCCAUCCUUUUCAUUCAAUCACCUUUUUCAGGCACUAAUUCAGUGAUUCUUUUUAUUGGUAAUUUUUUUAAAAAAAAAGUUAUUACUACACUAAAAAAAUGGACGGAAUUAGUCGGACGUUUAGAACUUUAGACCUUUCCUUGAGAUGUGUAAACCUAAUUGAAGCUCAAUAAAUGCCACAGAAUGAAAA